UUAUGGUACCUUGGGCACUUGUACCUACAGCUCGACAACCCGCCUCAGCGCGGCGAUGAUUUCAACCUAGCCGAAAAUACCAUGGAGCGCGAUCAAACCGAGAGCGCCGGGCCGAGUGCCGAUAGUCGAAUCGCACAGACGAAUACCCGUUUCACGUCGCCUCUUGUCAUCAGCAGCGCGUCGCGGCGAAGGAGUUUAUUCUCGAGACCGGGAGCAAAGGCGGCGAACAUAGAUGCCGCUCGUCCUGAAUCAAGCCCAGCUUUGGCAUCCGACACCAAAGUCGCGUCGCCAAGCAACACCCGGAUUCCUCGCCCCGCUCAGCGCCGACCGUUCACUCUUUCAGAUGCGUACCGACUGGCCGAGAAAGAGGAAGAGGGCGCCGCUCAAGGAUCGCCCAGCCCAGCCCCGCGGUUGUGGCGAUCUCGUCGCGAGCCUGCCGAGAAACGAACCACCAAGACGGGAAGCACUGUCGCCUUUCUUUCGCGAUACCGCGGGAAGCUGGACGGACAACCCCCAGGGCCCGUGGACGGCGCUGACGACCGCCGCCUUCCGUCACAACAGAGUGACUCUUCGGACAGCACCUUUGACGAGAAGCUCCGCCAAUAUGCGCUUGAUGAGCCAGACCGGGCCUCGAGUCCUGACACCGCUCUGCCGCGCCCACAGACUCCGAACAAGAGCUUCGCAUGGCAGGCUGAUGCGGACUUCACAGCUAGCGAUUUGCAAGUUUCAAACAGCCCGCCUGUGGCUAUCAAGCGCAGCAACACAAAAAUUGAUGAAAUACGAGCCUUGGAAGCCGAGGUCAAUGAUCGCUUCUCCCGAAGCCCUCAGCCUCGCCCGCGGAGCACCCUUGCCGACAAACUCCGUGCGCCUGACAGCGAAGCCGGCCCCAAGGUCUCCGACGAACGUCUGAAGUCCAACGAUGCCCGCAGCAGCCCUCUGGUUGCGACGGCGGAAGUCGAGGGUAGAGAAUCCCGCACAAGCACUGAGGCGCUUAGAUUUCGCGAGGUUGAGGCCGUCUCUAGGAGAGCGCCCGCCACGACCAGGCCAGAUGGGUUUGGAGAAACUUUGGAGAUCUCGGGUUCUCCGUCUCCAGAUAUUGCGCAGAGAUUGAACAGGCAGCCAAGACGCUCAUUUUCUCCGCUUGGCGACAGAUUGCGAAGACAAGGCAGCGAUGGCCUGGCGACCGCAGUGCAGCAGCAAGAGGCUCCGGUCCGUGACAGCAUCCUCGCUCCUGCUCUUCGUACUCAGGACCAGGCCCAGGGCAGCACAGAAAAUGCGAGCUGCAACCGAGAAGCAGACGAAAGCCCGGGGUCUCACCGCAAUACGUUGCGAUCCACGGACGAGCCGCGCGAUGUGUUGCGCCGUUUGGCAGUUGCCGCUAGCGGCAGCCCUGCACCGGAAGCACAGGCGACCACAAGCAACCAAGCCUCGACAGGUGCUCGCCAGCGCGACGUAGGGGAAGACGGAAGGCAGAAAAGGUCAAACGGCGACGCUAAGGGCGAGCCAAGACCGACCGUCGGAUUCGUCGGCCUCCGGAGAAGUUCAUCGGUCGAGUCGAGGCUCGCAAAACGGACAAGCUUCGCGCAUUCGGAUUCUGACCCCACAGAGCGCAUAGAGGGAGAAAUGAAGCUCUUCGCGCCGCUAGAAAACCAGUCGGAGAGGGGUUCUUUGCGGGCCCCGUCGCCGGAGCCUGACGACGAGGUGGCCGAGGAGACGCCUAAGCCCUCCAAACUCGAUCCGUUGAUGCAACCCACCCCUAGGGUUACGGGAGCAUUUGUGGAGACACCCGCAACGGUGAAGAGCGAAAAACCCGGCGGCCUCCUCCCAGACCCAGCGGCGGGGAAGGGAGGUGUCUAUCAGGGAGGAAGCGAGGGAGGACAUUUGACAACGGGCGGUGGCGCUGACUCGGCAGCUUUGCCUGCCAGGGAUAAGACGUAUUCGGCCGUACCACCCCAACAUAAACGUACACAGUCCGCUGGAGGCGACAGAGCGCCCGGCCGCCCAUUGUCCUUGUCCGCUCGCCGUCGUGCGAGGUCGCUCUCCCGCGGUCGACGCCCGCUCAUUAACUCGGUUAGACCACCAACAGUCAAAGACGAUCUUCUGGAGAUCCAGCGGGCGAACCAGGUUGACGACUCGACCCUGGACGAUAUUGCCGACUUACUCCGGCAUCAAAACAGCCCAAGUGCGUCAUCGGAUUCCCUGGGACCCAAGUCUGGCAGCACCCGCACCGAUAAACUGGAGGGAGAACUGGAGGCCUAUGGCCGCAUGAGUCGAUCGCUCGAGACCGGCCUUCUCGGCAUUCGGACAGCAAAGCAAGGAAUCGAGAGGCUCGAAGGCAAAGUUGCCCACGCCGACCUCAAGGAGCAUGCACCCCACAACGGUCACCACGACAAGACCUUGACGGCGCCGUCGUCGUGUCCCGCCUGCCGGGGCUCAGAGAGCAGGCGGGGUGCAGCCGUGGCCUACAUCCACCUACCGCUACCGCGUCUUUGGUCCCGGGAUCCAGAGUUUCGCUUCACGUUCCUCGGUCUCGGCUUGUUUUUGGUUUCGCUCUGGUACAUCGCGGAAGCCUUGAUGUGCUUCCGGUAUUGUAAACCGGAUUACUGUUACCCUGGCACGUCAUGCGACUGGUCCUCGGAUGACCCGGUCUGGGGCUACGCGCUUCCGGUAAAGCUAGACCAGUGGGUGACUGGCGGACAAUGCAGAGACCUGACGCGUCGCCUUGGCCCGGAGCUCGCCGACUGGCUGGCGGACAUGUGGGAUGCGGCCAGGGGGAUUGACAUCAGUGCGGUGGAUACGUCUCGCUACGGCUGGGAGCAAAAGCGGCGACAUAGGAGGAGGAUGAACAAGAAGAAGCCUACCACACCCCUUGUCGAGCGACCAGAGGACAAGAGGACGUUCAGCGCGCAUAAAUCUGCCAGGGAAGCCAAAGAGAGGGCUCAAAUGGCGGAUGAGAUGGGUUAUUAUGAGCUGGACGAAGAUGAGAGCAUUGCUAGCGACGAGCGGCUUUAGCAACUGUUGGGGGAAUAUCUUGUCUCGAUAUGAGGCAACUGGGUCUCACAGGCGAUGCGAUCACGGGUUUUCCGAUCCUGCUAUACGGUGACGUCCUCAGUCGGCUGUAUCGGGCCUUGUCAUUCGUGAAGGGGACUGUCUUUCGCGGACGAGGAAGGAAGAGAGGCGGCUUACUGUGCGGGCAAGGUCUCCAGGGCGCCCGGGCU